UUAUUGCUUUCUGGACACCUUUGGGGAACGUCCCCAAUCCUUUAAAAGCUGCUGUCUGUAGCGGACCGGUCUCUGUCCUGGAGAUAAGGGCGCACAUUCUAGCGUAGCUAGUGUGCUGCUCCUGGUAGUUCCGGCUUGGACCUUCUUGCACUGAUGUCUGGGGAGACGCCGAUGUGUGAGGUGGACCUAGGUGGGGGCAAGGUGAAGGAGCCCAGCAUGGCUGGCAGAUGCCGGGUGUCCUGUUAUGAGCGAUACGUCCAGCCGUGUAUGGUGGAACUUUUGGGCUCUGCCCUCUUCAUCUUCAUCGGGUGUCUCUCGGUCAUUCAGAACAGUCCAGACACUGGGGUCCUGCAGCCUGCCCUGGCUCAUGGGCUGGCCUUGGGACUCGUCAUCGCGACCUUGGGAAACAUCAGUGGUGGACAUUUCAACCCUGCUGUGUCGCUGGGAGUCACACUGAUCGGAGGCCUCAACGUCAUGCUGCUUCUUCCCUAUUGGAUCGCCCAGCUGCUUGGGGGACUGAUUGGGUCUGCCUUGGCUAAGGCGGUGAGUCCCGAGGAGAGGUUCUGGAAUGCAACUGGGGCAGCCUUUGCAGCAGUUCAGGAGCAGGGGCAGGUGGCAGUAGCCCUGGGGGCAGAGAUCAUUCUGACGAUGCUGUUGGUAUUGGCCGUGUGUAUGGGCGCUGUCAACGAGAAGACGAAGAGUCCUCUGGCCCCAUUCUCUAUUGGCUUAUCUGUCACUGUGGAUAUACUGGCAGGGGGUGGAAUCUCCGGAGCCUGCAUGAAUCCUGCUCGCGCCUUCGGACCCGCCGUGAUGGCUGGCUACUGGGACUUCCACUGGGUCUACUGGCUGGGCCCCCUCCUGGCUGGCCUCCUUGUAGGACUGCUCAUCAGGCUCUUCAUUGGAGAUGAGAAAACCCGCCUAAUCCUAAAGGCAAGGUGAAGCGCUGCUGGUGGCAUCCUCACUGCCUGGUGUCCUCCUCACUGCCUGGUGUCCUCAGCUGCCUGUCCUGAGCCGAGGACAGGACAAUCGGGAUCGUUUCCUGCAGGGCUGAGCUCAGAAGAGCUACUGGGGCAGCAGCUGACCUUGGCCUGGCUUCUCAGGCAGACAGGAUGCUGCUAUGUCUUGCGCAUGCUCCCAGAACUUGGAUUUCCUUUGUGUCCAUGGAUUGCAGCUGGGAAUGUAUGGCCAGCAAGGCCUAAAGACAGGUGGAGACCACACAGAAAAAGAGUUUUGCUUCAGAGGGCAGGUCACAGGAGAGAUGAGCAUGUGGAGAAAGUGUUUGCUAAAGCAAACUGCUCUCUCUCUCUCUCUCUCUCUCUCUCUCUCUCUCUCUCUCUCUCUCUCUCUCCCUUCUCUCCUCCCCCCAUAUAUAUAUAUAUAUGUUGGGUUUGGAACCCAAGGUCUUAUGCAUACUAGGUGAGCACUUUGCUACUGAACCUCCUGCUCUUCCUACCUUCUUUCCCCUUGAUCCCACUGUUACAGAGGGGAUUUCAGGAGCCCAAAGACCUCCUGGCUUCCCCAGCGGCCAAUGUGACUUCGUAUUAAAUUAAAAGUGUUUCCUUCCCACGG